CGCUCGCCGCCAGAGAGACGCAAACGGUCACCGCCGCCGACCGAGCGGCCGCCCCGCCCCGCAGCUAAACCCCGCACUAAACCCUAGCCAGAAAACCCCCGCCGCCGAAGCCGCCGCCGCGCCGCCAGCCCCCGGCCUCGGCAUGGAGGGGGAGCCGCCCCCCAGCGCCGCCGCCUCCGCCUCCGCCGCCUGCUCCGGCUCCGGCCCCGGCGGCGGCGGCGGCGGGGAGAAGGGCGCCCCGUGCCAGGAGUGCGGGGAGCAGCCGUGGAAGUACCGGUGCCCGGGCUGCUCCCGCCUCACCUGCAGCCUCCCCUGCGUGCAGGCCCACAAGCGCCGCACCGCCUGCUCCGGCAAGCGCCCCCGCACCGUCCCCGUCCCGCUCGCCCAGUUCGACGACAACCAGCUCCUCUCCGAUUACAACUUGCUGGAGGAGACGAGCAUGGUCAGGGAGUCGGCCCACAGGCUGCUCGGCGGCUUCGGCCGCAACUUCGGCUGCGGCUUCGAGGGACGCCAUGGCGCCCAGCUGCCGCCGUGGCUCUCCUUCCUCCGCAAGGCCGCAGAGCGCCGGGGCGUCCAGCUCGCCUUCCAACCCACUGGCAUGACCAGGAGGGAGCAGAACCGCUCGCGGCACGACAGGAGAAGUGACUGCAUAUACUGGACAGUCGAGUGGAAGUUCAAUUCAACAGAUAUUGUCCUAACUGACGACCAGACAGACGAGAAUGCAAGCUUGCUAUCUUUAUUGGAAAAGCAUCUGACUCCUUCCCCUUGGAAGGACCAGCUUACGCCAUAUCGCAAUACUGAAUUGCGUGAUUUGAAACUGUUCAUUCAGAAGUCUGCCAAGAAUUCAAAGUCGCCACACCGUCAACUCAAUAUAGAAGAGCCCUUGCGCCCCCAACUGAGGGGCACUCUUAUUGUCGAGUACCCAACUAUCAAUGUCUUCCUUCCAUCAGAUAGUUACGAGUUUCAAGUCGAGAAACCUGCAAACAAGAUUAGCAGAAAUGAGCAGCCCCCUGGCAGCUUGAAUGAUAGCCCCCCUAUAGAAGGCACUGAGUUUCAGGAGGAAGAAAUAGAGGAAGGCGAGUUGUCUCCAGAGACGCAGGUUAUUGAUCUCAAGGAUUCUGGACCGUCACGUACCACAAAUCUUUCUCAAGUGAAGGUUACGAGUGAACCUAAGAUGGAUAGCAUGCCGUCGUAUGUCCACGGUCUGGCAUUCGGUGGUAAACAGGGGGAAGUUGAUCAACAUAGCAAGAUGGCAUUGAAUACAACUCCUGGGGCUCCCAAGGCUAAAUCCUGCAUGAAAGUCUACCCAGUGGACUUGGACGAAGGAGUUGAAGGUGGGACCUUAGAGGGGCAGGUUAUUGACCUCAAGAACCAUGCAGCUUCAGAUCCUGGCAAUAUUGGUCCACCCAAAGAUACGAAAACACCUGACACAGAUCGCAAGAUAGAUUCUUCAGUGCUGUCUCCCAUCAGUACUCUAGCAUCUGAGGUCUCGAGUCAUCCUCAGGAAGAAGAAGACAACCAAGAAAGCAAGCUGGCGCCAACCACAACCCCUGAAGCUCUGAAGAGGAGGUCUCUGACCAAAGUCUACCCACUGGACACCGACGACACUCAAGGGCUGCUGCUGCUCUCAGAGCUGCCCAGCGUGGAGUUCGAGCAGGAGAUGGGAGACGCCUACGAGGAGCUGUUUGGGGACAUGAACCCCGACGACUUCCUCGACUUCGAUCUUGGGAUGAUGGACGUGGACGGAUCUGGCGAAAUGAGGUCCCCGUUGAAGCUCUGGGACGACCUGGACUUGGAGGAAGGCGAGAUCCCCUCGCAGCUCUGAAGAAGAAACCUGGGUGCUCGGAACUCGACAUGAGAGCUUGGAAUCCGGUUGGUUAUGCAGUCGCUUUGCCCGGAGUGUUCUGGAACAACACUCCCAUGUGGGGCAAGUUAUAGACCCCAAGCAUUGGCAUUAGUACCACCUCAGGUGCUAUUUAUUCGUUGUUGUUUUUCUCUUGGUUCCGGUUGUCGUCGGGACGGCAUGGAGUUGUAUUUCGAGUUUUGAUCUUGUUUGCUGCUCCUUGUAGCUGCAGAAAUUUUGAGGUUGUAACUCUGCAGCUGCAAGGCCUGUCAAGCAAGCGGUAGUCAUGAACUGUAGCCGGCGGUCGGUUUAUCGAUCGGAGUUGUGUGUAAAAUGCCGUCCUGCAAAAGCUGUGAUGUUAUCUAUGAACGCAUCAUCAAUCUGUUGCUGAUCAGAUAGAUAUAUUUUGUUCUUUGUUCA